UCGCCAUUAUAUUAGAAGGUUUACAUGAUGUAGGAAAGUUGCCGGCAAAUUGAUUUUUGUAAUGUAUAUUUCGUGAUAUUUUAUAUACAAAAUAAACUUCAGCGAUGGAGUCACUGAUUCCUAUUAUUAACAAGCUCCAGGAUGUCUUCAAUACAGUUGGAACAGACAUCAUUCAGCUGCCUCAAAUUGUUGUUGUUGGAACGCAGAGUUCAGGGAAAAGUUCUGUCCUGGAGAGCCUUGUAGGACGGGACUUCCUGCCACGUGGAACGGGAAUCGUUACACGGCGCCCUCUUGUACUGCAACUGGUGCACGUCGCGCAAGAGGACAAAGAUGCCCUACGGUCAUCUGAAAUGGGUGUUCCGGCUGAUGUGGAAGAAUGGGGAAAGUUCCUCCACACCAAGAACAAAAUCUUCACAGACUUCGACGAGAUCUGCAAAGAGAUCGAAGCGGAAACAGAUCGACUGUCCGGUGCCAACAAGGGUAUCUGCUCGGAGGCGAUCAAUGUAAAGAUCUUCUCACCUCGCGUACUCAACCUCACGCUCGUCGAUCUACCGGGAUUGACCAAGCUUCCGGUCGGCGACCAGCCGGCAGACAUCGAGCUGCAGAUCCGGGAGAUGGUGAUGCAGUACACGUGCAAUCCAAACUCCAUCAUCCUCGCAGUCACGGCCGCCAACACGGACAUGGCGACGUCGGAAGCCAUCAAGCUAGCGAAGCAGGUCGACCCGGACGGUCGCCGGACGCUGGCCGUCAUCACCAAGCUGGACCUGAUGGACGCCGGCACGGAUGCGAUGGACGUGCUACUGGGCAAGGUCAUCCCGGUCAAGCUGGGCAUCAUUGGCAUCGUCAACCGCUCGCAGCUAGACAUCAACAACAAGAAGAAAAUCGCAGAGGCAAUGAAAGACGAGGCUGGAUUCCUACAGCGCAAAUACCCGUCGCUCGCCAGCCGCAAUGGCUCCCUCUACCUGUCGAAAACGCUCAACAGGCUACUGAUGCACCACAUCCGCGACUGCCUGCCGGAGCUGAAGACGCGCGUCAACGUGAUGGCGUCGCAGUUCCAGACGCUGCUGAGCUCGUUCGGCGAGCCCGUCGACGAUCGCGGCCAGACCCUUCUCAACAUCAUCACCAAGUUUGCGUCGGCGUACUGCGCGACGAUCGAGGGCACGGCGCGCAACAUAGAGACGACAGAGCUCAUUGUCACCAAGUUUGCGUCGGCGUACUGCGCGACGAUCGAGGGCACGGCGCGCAACAUAGAGACGACUGAGCUCAUCGUCACCAAGUUUGCGUCGGCGUACUGCGCGACGAUCGCGGACACGGCGCGUAACAUAGAGACGACAGAGCUGUUUGACUAUACUAAUUCGCGCGCCUGUCACUUUCAGCCCAACGUCGCUGGUCGCAAGACGUUGUCGCAGCGAGAGGCGAGGGACUGCAAGGUGAUAGAGCGCCUCAUCAAUUCCUACUACCUGAUCGUGCGCAAGAACAUCCAGGACAGCGUUCCGAAGGCGAUCAUGCACUUCAUGGUGAACAACGCGAAGGACAGCUUGCAGAGCGAGCUGGUCAGCAAGCUGUACCGCUCGAACGCGCUCGAGGACCUGCUAGCAGAGUCCGAGAUGAUCGGCCAACGACGCACCGAGGCCGCAGAGAUGCUCGAGGCGCUGCAAAAGGCUUCUCACAUCAUUAGCGAAAUCAGAGAGACGCACAUGUGGUAGCGCUGGGCGUUGUCGCUUGCGCGUGGCGCCAUCUAUCUCGGCAAAACGAGAUCGCCGCCAGCGAACGACGGAUCAGACGCGCAUUAAUCGUCUUGAGUUCUACAGUGGCUCCACCUGGUUGUGACCACGUGGGAGAGUUGCCUGGCGAAAUGCGGUCGAGAUUUGACCGGCGACGGGGAUGGAUGUCGACCUGUAGAGGGCGCUAGCGAGGAAUUAGCAAUGCGAUGCUGUGAUCACACGUAGUAUUCGGUGGCGACACCUGUUGACUGAGAUUACAAGCUUCCGCGUCACGGCGGAACGGAUCCGGAAGCGGAAUUUAUCCCCCCGAGCGGAAAUUCGUAGGCGAUGUCGAGAACUUGAAACUUUCCACCGCAGCAGACACUACAUGGUGUACAUAUAUAUGUACAUAUAUCUAUAUCUAUAUAUCUGUAUACACACACAUGUAUACGUAUAUAUAUCUGCAUGAGCCUUAGGUAGAUAUAGGCCGUGUGCACGCAUGUAUAAACGUACGCUAAGUGGUCACAGUGAGUGGAAUCCAUUCCGGAAACGUCGCCCAGAUCGGAAUCCACUGCAUCAUGGAUCCGGCGACACCUGGUGGCCACGUUGAACGUCUGCGCGCGCGCGAUGCACUACAGAGAGCGCCGUCGAACGCUCGGUUGUCCUCGCUCGCGCCGCGACUCCCCGGCUGGACAGUUUCGCUGUGGUCAAAAUCAUACGGAGGAGAUCGGGAUGAGACCAACGGUCAGCCGAAACGAACCGAGAAAUUUUGCCGGUGUCUUCGACAUCGGGACGUCCGACGACGGUCGCGCGACGAAGGAAUUUCUCCCGUCACGCGCCCGGGAGGUGAGUUUUGCACCUCCGGGGCCGACUCGGUUCGCUUUUCCUCCUCCUAGUAGUGUAUUUAUUACUCGAAACCUGCGUUCUCGUCACGGCGAAGAGUCCACGUUGUUUCGAGCGAGCGCGCGCGCGAUCGAAUCGGCUGCGGACCCGGCUGAGUACGCAGUUGCGUCCGUCCCCCGGUGAAAUGGGUCGGAGGAGAAACACAAAAUAGUCGAAAUUCUGAUCGACAGGGGGCGCCGCGUGUCGUCUGCCUCGUCGCAGGUGUUGCGGCGCGGCGAGGGAUUCAUUCGGUGGGGUUUCCUUGCCGCUUAUUUAUGGUUGUUGUUGUUGUUGUUGUUGUUGUUGUUGUAAUUGCUUGUUUUAUGUAUAUAGUCGCCGCUAAGCUUAGGUCGCCACCCGGUGGGGAAAAUCCGCACUAUGGCGGCCCUCCGUUCACGCGAGGCGAGGUCAAGAUAAAGAUAUAUGUAUACAUAAAAGGAUCUGUAUAUUGUCCUUGAUAGAGGAUAGAGAAAGAGAGAGACAGAGAGUGAUAGAUAGGAGUGAGAUGCAGAGAACGGGGGAAAGAGUG